GCACUUUAGUCAGUUGCUGAGAGCUUGACACUCGUGAUGUCAUAGGGGCAGAAACAGUCGCUCCGAGAAAUCCAAUUGUGAGUCUGGAAACGGAUGUUCGUACUUUUUGUCACACGACCCCAUUAGUGUGUGUGAGCGACUCAGCCAAUCAUAUAUUAAAACCGAAAAUCCGUGCGGGCAAGGCGUGCGCCUCGAAUUUGACCACUCAGACGAAAGUGCCAGGUCACCGGCAACCUACACACAGUCUCGAACAACUCCUUGAGUAGAAGUAGUGGGAGAACGUUGUUUUCGAAUUAUUAUCGUGAGGAGAGUAAACAUAGACAUUUCUAUUAUAAAUCAACCAUUGAGUAUCACGGCACAAGAAAUAGUAAAGUGGCUAUGCAUUUGGCAACUUCUCGCCAGGCAGUAACAUUGGAAAAACAUUCAGAUCGUUGACGAAUCUAUUUAUUGUUUUAUUCAAGGUAUUAAGGCGAACGGAUCCAAUAGAAUUCUUUCAACUGUAUGACGUUUCGGUGAGUAACGAGUUGAACUAUUGGGGGCGUUCGGUAACCAUCGUUGGAUAUUACUUGACGGCUCUUGUGAGUGUUCAGCGUUGCGAGAAGGAAAACUUUGUUUUGGAACUACGUGCGGUUAGAGUGCUUAGCCACUGUGCAAAAAUGACGUCUCGCUUGGAAAAAGAACGUGCCAAACAGAUCCAAGAAAAGUGUCAAAAUCUUUUGACACAAAUGCUACGUGAUGAAGACAACAAGUAUUGUGUCGACUGCGAUGCAAAAGGACCAAGAUGGGCAAGUUGGAAUCUAGGUAUAUUCUUAUGCAUUCGUUGUGCUGGAAUACAUAGGAAUCUUGGAGUUCAUAUAAGCAAAGUCAAAUCUGUUAAUUUAGAUACAUGGACACCAGAACAAGUAGUGAGUUUACAGCAAAUGGGUAACUCUAGAGCAAGAGCAGUUUAUGAAGCAAACCUUCCAGACAGUUUUCGAAGACCUCAAACAGAUUGUAGUCUGGAAAGUUUCAUUCGUGCAAAAUAUGAACAUAAAAAGUAUAUAGCUAGGGAAUGGGUACCACCACCUCUACCAAAAAUAAAUUGGGAUAAAGAACUCGAUGAAGAAGCUGAAAGGCAACGUAGACGAAAAAAGGAAAAUUCAAAAAGCACUAACAAUCAAACUAUACUUCCACCUGUAAAGAAGCCAGAAGUAGUGCCUCAAUUACCGAAACCUAAGAGUUCUGUCAGUCCUAAACCGAAUAGAGCUAAUAAUGCUACUACUUUAGAUUUAUUGGGCCUAGAUGCUCCAGCAACAAAUCAAUCAAAUGUAAAUGGUGCUGGAGAUGACAUAUUCUCUUCUUUCUUAUCUGCACCUCCAGCUUCAGUAGCUUCAACUACUAGUAGUAGUACCUCUAACACAACUACAAACACAUCAACUACUGUGAGUAAAAGUGAAGAAGAAAGUUUCUUUGAUCAGCCAUCACCAUCGCCUCAAGAAAAGAGUAAAAUGUCUAAAGAUAGCAUUUUGGCUUUGUAUGGUACACCAAGUCAUCAGCAAUCAACAAUUUAUGGAGUUCCUGGUGGAAUGUAUUCUCAACAACAGUCUACUGUUCAAUACAAACAAAUACCAAAUAUGGUAGCAUUCAGCCAGCAAAGUAAUUUUCCAAAUCAACAAAGUUCCUUGGCUCAACUUAAUCAUCUUCCUGCUCAAAUGCCUGUUACAACUAAUCAAUUAACGACUAAUCAAACUCAAAUGGCAGUAAAUCCUAAUUCAUUAGGACCAAUUGCAACAAAUUCCUUAGGAAAUUGCAUACAAAUAGGCCAGAUGCAUCAAAUGAAUGGUAUACCCAAUCCUGCCAUUACAAUGCAAUCUCAAAUGAUGAUGCAACUAGGACAGUCUAAUAUUAGUAGCAAUAACGGAUGGAGUGGAAUGUUAACACAAAAUCUUCAACCAGCACCUGGUAGUAAUCCAUUCUUCAACUUAGCAUCACAACAGCAACAGCAAUCUGUUGGUUUUGGUGGACAGUUAUCGCAACAAAUGUCUCAACUAUCUUUAGGAGGUGCUAGUUUCUCAAAUACACCAGGAAAGACUAGUACCACUGCACUUCCCGGACAAACGCUUUCCACCAAUUUGUGGCAGUAAAUUUCUUAAGGAUAUUGUUAGUUGUUUGAUUAUACCAUUCAGUGUUGUACACUAGUGUCGAACGUUCGUUACCCAACACAAUUACAUUUCCAUAUUAGUUUGGAAAUUGCUCUGGGGUAUAACAUAACUAAGACACAAAGCAAAAAAGUACUCGAACGCUGCCAUUUUCGAAAAGUAAUUCGUGAAUGUGUACAGUAUUUCGAGUCAGAAAAUAUUUUUCUUUUAAAGCUUUGCUAGCUUUUAACGUUAUUGUUGGAAAAAAUGGGAACUAUGAAUAAAAAACGAAUUUUUGACUGAUUGUAAAGAGUUAUUCGUGACAUACGGUAUAUGUAUGCACUUGGGAACGUAAUUACAUUAUUUGCUAAAAUGGGUGCUUUUGUAACCACUUGAUUAGUAUAUGUCAGGGUCCACUUUCAUUAUGGCAAAAAAUAUUUCAUUGUACUUAAAUAAGUACAAGUAUCUUUAGUGCGAUAAACAUAUUUUGCGACAUAAUUAAUUUUUAUUCCGAAAUACAAAAUGAAAACAAAGCACGUAAUAGUUUUCAUAAUCCUCUAAAAAUGCCGACAAAUUUAUACGUUAAAGGCAACUUUAGUUAAAAAGUAAUUUCCAACGAUUUUAAAGAAUAAACAUGUUUUUUAGUAAAACGUUAUAAUGUUUGUAUGCAAUCAAAAUGUAUAAGAUAUUUUAAAAGUUUAGUUAUUGUUUUCAUAUGUAAUUAAUAUUGUCUAAUCACGAAUGAAAAAGAAACAUUGUCUUCUGUUUAAAAGUUAUCUAUGCUAUUGUGUUUGUACUUGAGUAGUGUGUUAGUUAAAUUGCUAAAUUUCGACGUUAAUUACACAUUAAAGAACAUUUUAAAACUUAAUAUUUUUCAGCAAAUAUUGUUACUUCUUACAAAACUGAAAAUCAUUAACAUAUUUUGGGAGUAUCUAAUGACAGAGACUUAUUGAUCUAAACAUGUGACCAAUACCCUUAUGAAGUUUCUAAAUACCUUGCAUUUAGAAAAGUAUUUUAGUUAUAACAGUUAUAGAUUAAUUAAAACUUUCCACAGUAUAAUGUUCUGCAAUUUAUUGCCAUUUAAGAACAUAAAUAUUGAAACUUGACAAUAAGUUCUGGACAUAUUUAUCGCGUUCAUGUUUAAUUAAAUUUUUUUCUUAAUAAGUGAUACUGAAUCAUGUUGCCACUAAAUAUAGAAUGCAUUUAAAAAAUUUUUUCAUAAUAUUCUUAUAAAUAAUUAUCACCAAUCAUAUAAUUUAUGAUGUAGCGAGUGUGAAAAAGUUAGAUCUUAUAACUUGCUGUUGCAUCGAGAAAGUCUGACAGAAUUGUAAAAUCAGUAUAAGUACAAAUAUGUGUCGUCAUAACAUAACAAAUAAAGAUAUCUAAAAUUACCGAAAAAAUUCCUAAUAUCAUGACGACGAAAUUUGGAUGCAUUAUAUUGAUAGUUAAAAUGAUCACAAAAAUAUAAAAAUUAUAUGUGUAUGUAUAUCGACAAUUAUUAAUAUGGAACAAAUUCUCAGGUGAAUGAAAAGUUAUAUGGCAAAUAUAGAAGAAAGCACUAUAAAAAGACAUAAAAUUAAAGUGUACAUUAUAGUUGAAUUGAUUCUGAAGUUUAAUAAAUUGAAUGACAUUCCGUCGUUAAUUUAAGACUUUAACGUACAAAUUUAAAUAAGUACUUGAAAUGUAUUUCUCGGCGAACCUACUAUUUAAAAACACAUAAGCAAUGUUCAAAUUGUCACACAUUCUUGAUAAAUUAAAACGUUCAGAACCUAAGUGUCGUAUGCGUUCAAAUUUGAUAUAACAAGAAACGCCAUCUACUAUACGUUAGUAAACAAAUUACGAUAAUAAAUUGCAAUAUUUAUGUUUAAAAUAAUCACCAAUU